AGCAUGGCAGCUAGCCGCAUCACUUACCCAGCCAGACCCCCGAACAGGAACUUGAUGGCCUUCGGGGAGGUCUUGGGCUUCGCAUCCGCCAUGUUUCCCCCGAUCGGUCAGUGGCCGCAGAGUCUGCGUUCAGAUUUCUGCCGCCCGCCUGCCUGUGUGCCUUUGGGCCGAGCUUUCCGCCUGCUUUCUCCCCGUCGCAGCGGCGGCAGCAAGAGCAGCAAGGUGACUCUAUAAAGCGGACGCGUCCCGAGACACGAAGAGCAACGGACCAAUCAGGAGGCGAGGAACGAUCAACGUGCUACGUCCAAGGCGGUGUUACCUCUAGGUAUCCAAUGACAGCUCUCCGAUCAUGUCCGCGGGCGGGGCUCCACACAGAGUGGACUAAUGAGGAGGAGGCAGAGCCAUGACGGGCGAGGAGACGAGGGGGGGUCGGCGGUGGCAGGGGAGCAGAGCGUGGCGGUGGGGGGCGUGCCGCGUCUUGCCGUCUUCCUGUUCCCCUCGGAGAUGGUGUUCUACGCCGAGCAGAGGAGCUCCCAUAGGAGGGUGCUGACCCUCUACAACCCCUACAGCUUCAGCCUCAGCUUCAAGAUGUGGUGCACGGCGCCCUCGUUCUACAGGGUGGUGGAGGCAGAGGGCAACAUCCGGGCCAAGUCCUGCGUCGACCUGGUCGUGCGUCACCUGGACGUCUCCCCCAGAAACUGGGGCCGCAGGGACCGGUUCCGCAUGGAGGUGAGGGGCGGAGGCCAGGUGGGACGACGGGAGAUUUGGGCGGAGCUUAGAGGAGGACAAGAGGAAGAGGAGCAAAGAGGAGGUCAACAAAGGGCGCCGCCCCGUCCUACUUCUCAGCUCCUGCCCACACAGGCACACCUGCCUGCCUGCACAGCUGUGCGCAGCGCGUCUCAGUGGGCCGUGUGUGUGGCUGUGGCGGUGCUGUGUGUCACAGUGUUGAUGCUCCCCCUGCACACUGACAGCAACUCGCUGGUUCCACGCUGGCUGCACGUCUCCACCAAUCAGAAGCUGGUCUGCGCCUACACACUGGGUCUUGUUACCAUGGUGUUUCUACGGUGAUGUCAUGCUGCAGUGACCUGUGGCCUCACCGUUGUCCACAGAGGAGGAGCCCUCAAACGAUUGUCACGGGACAUCGAGUAGCGUGUUGAAAAAAGCUUUAUUUAAACGUGUCGACGGAGCGGACGGAGUCAUCGACCACUGACGAACAGUUGGAUACGAGCGCCGUGAGAAGAAAUGGACGUUAAACCGACGAACAUGUGACAAAGCUGCGAUGCUGCGUAAAUAAAACGAUUGUAAAUAAAAACAGAACGUGAUGAUUUUAA